AUAAUUAUUCAGUUGUGCAAAGUAUUAUAAUGAUAGUUCUAGUAUGCUAUAAUAUUAAUUAUACAGAUUUUAUUAUCUAAAAAGUGUAUGAAGACCUUCUUUCUGCACAUAAGAAUUUGUGGCUUUAUAGUUGAAACAGAAAACUCACAUGGUCGCCUGUUCCCGCCAAGUGUAAGCAUACUGGUUUGACUCCUGGUUCCGGCCAGUGUACAGAUGGGCGAGAGCCGGUUAUUUUUGGAGACAGUGGUGCUUCUCGCCUGCUUGCACCUUGGUGUUGCUGAGCGUUACUACAACUACUAUCCAAGAAGCUACUAUGGCAGAAAUCUUUAUGAACACGGGCGCUCCAUUUCCGAUAACUUGGUGUCAUGUGGACCCCAUACGUGCGGUGUAGGGGCCCAUUGUAUCCACGGUAGCGUAAGGCCGGUCUGCGCUUGCUUGGCAGGAUACUCUGGUGAUCCCCUGUCGCAGUGUGUGAAGAUCGAAUGUGUUGAUAAUAGCGAGUGCCGCAGUCACCAAGUAUGUGUAAAUCAACACUGUGUCAAUCCUUGUGAAGGAACCUGUGGAAUCAAUGCCAAUUGUGAUGUACGUAAUCAUAUCCCAGUAUGUACGUGCCCCGCUGGAUACACGGGUAAUCCCUUCUCAUCAUGCAGAAUCGCUGAUCCUGAGGAGGCCUGCCAUCCAUCUCCCUGUGGCGCCAACACCAAAUGCCACGUGGCCAACAAUCAAGCCAUCUGCACAUGUCUACCUGGAUAUAGAGGUAGUCCGCUGACUGGCUGCCGUCAUGAAUGCGAAUCCGAUGGGGAAUGUAGCGCGUCUCAAUCCUGCCGGGACUUCAAAUGUGUCAGCCCUUGCAGCGAUUGCGGUGUUAAUGCUGAUUGCGAAACAGUUGCUGCUCACCGCGCUAUAUGCAAAUGUCCUAGGGGUUACUUCGGUGACGCUUACCGCAUCUGCACUCCAGAAUGUACCUCUGACGGAGAAUGUCCGAGCUACAAACCAGCCUGCGUCUACAAUGCCUGCAUAGACCCUUGUAUCAACGCUUGUGGAGUUAACGCCGACUGUAACCUUAGAGGAUUGACUCCUGUCUGCUCUUGCCCGAGGAACAUGACUGGAGAUCCAUUUACAUACUGCAGACCAUUCGAAGCUCGUGACUUAUGCGAACCAAAUCCUUGCGGAGCCAACGCCAAAUGUACUCCUGGUCAUGACCGCACUGGUGCUGAGAGGCCUGUCUGCACAUGUCCAAGUGGUUACAUCGGAAAUGCUCUAGUCGCUUGUGAAAAGGGUGAAUGUGAACUGGACUCCCAAUGCGGUGAUCACUUGGCGUGCGUCGGCUACCAGUGCGUGGAUCCUUGCCUCGGCAAUACGCAGUGCGGCUCUGGGGCUGUUUGUAUGGCACGCCGGCAUCUUGCUGUUUGCACGUGUCCAUCAGGGCACAACGGUGAUGCUUUGGUAAAUUGCUACGAAUCCCGAUCCGUGGCCGCAACAGGCCGAUCCUAUUACCGUUACAAGAGAAACGGCGAACAUGACUCUAAAACCGAAGCUAGUGAAGCGCCCAAAGGAAAAACUGAUGAAAGUAGUGAAGCGCCUAAAGAAGACACCUCAAAAUCUGAACCAGAAGCCGUCGCCCCAGCCGUCACUGCUAAUGAAGCCGAGAAAGAAUAAACGAUCAACGAUUUUUUCUUAAAUACGAAAUUAGAAUAUUUUUUAACUGUUCUGAUAAUAAAAAUGCCAUACACUUAAAAAGGUGAUGAUAAUCAAAUAAUUAUUACCAAUACCUUUGAAGUAUGAAGUAAGACUUCCAGUGAAUAAUACUUGAAUGGCUUUACGUAAAGUAACGAUAUGUAAUUCUCAUACUAAUGAGUUUUAAGAAUAAAUAUGUACAAAUAUUUUUUAAUUUUAUAAAUAAACAAAUAUUAUUAAAUUUAAUUGGUAUUCUAUCGUGUAAGAAUAGAAUAAAGUUUGCACCGCACCUAAUUAAAGUACAAUAAGUAUGCCUUUUUACAUAUAUUGACUGCGAAUGGGAAACCUGUGCGAAAA